UGUGCUCAUCGACUUCCUGUUUUCCUGAGCUGCUGGUGAAUGUAACCAAAGAUGCAGAUUUUUGUGAAAACACUCACCGGUAAAACCAUUACCCUUGAGGUGGAGCCCAGUGACACUAUCGAGAAUGUCAAAGCCAAAAUCCAAGACAAAGAAGGUAUCCCUCCUGAUCAGCAGCGUCUGAUCUUUGCUGGGAAACAGCUUGAGGAUGGACGCACCCUGGCAGACUAUAACAUCCAGAAAGAGUCCACCCUCCACCUUGUCCUGCGCCUGAGAGGGGGCAUCAUUGAGCCGUCGCUGAAGCAGCUGGCUCAGAAGUACAACUGUGAUAAGAUGAUCUGCCGCAAGUGCUAUGCUCGUCUGCAUCCACGCGCCGUCAACUGCCGCAAAAAAAAGUGUGGACACACCAGCAACGUCAGACCCAAGAAGAAGCUGAAGUAAACAGCUGGAUUCAGUAACCAAUGUUCUCAAUAAAGCCUUUUGAGAA